UGAUUUGACAUUGGUCAUUGGUCCUCCGCUUCAUCGUUGUAGACGGUAGGAUCCGAAGGCACGACCGGGUCGGGUCCUCCUCCAUUUCCGGUCGCAGCUCGCGGCUCCGUCACCGCUAUUUUCCCUCAGAAGCUCAGUCUCCGCCAGCCUCUCUGCAACGAAUCCAGCUCGCUCUCGCUCUCCAUAUGCGCGCCGCCGCCGCCGCCGCCGCGACGAGGAUGACGUCGGCCGUCUCCAGCCCCUGCGAUCCCGCCGCCCUCGCGCCCUGCUCCGUCGCCAGAGCGCUCUCCUCCGUCGCCUCUCCCGCCGCCUCUUGCGCCGCCGAGCCCGAGCCGUCGGACGUCUCGUCUCGGCUUCUCUCGAUCCUCGCGUCCCCGAAUUGGGAGAGGAACCCUUGGCUCAAGAGGCUGAUCCCCUCGGUGACCCCGGCCCACGUCGCCUCUGUGUUCGCCUCGAGUCUCGACCCUCGGACGGCGCUCGGGUUCUUCAAUUGGAUUUCGGGGAGACCCGGGUUCAGCCACAAUGUGCAGUCCUAUUCGGCUUUGCUGGCCGUUCUGAUUCCUAACAAGUUGUUCCGUGUUGCUGAGAAGCUACGGAUCGCCAUGAUAAAAUGCUGCGGUUCGGCAGAUGACGCGCGGUUCGUGUUGGAGUUCUUAUCCCGGAUGAACGGGGAAGGUGAUUUGAGAUUUAAGCUUACCGUCAGAUGCUAUAAUACUCUACUGAUGGCAUUAGCGAAGUUUUUGAUGAUUGACGAAAUGAAGAAUGUGUACAAAGAGAUGUUAGACCUGAAGGUUCUGCCGAACAUCUAUACUUUCAAUACAAUGGUUAAUGCGUACUGUAAGUUAGGGAAUCUGGUGGAGGCGGAGUAUUACGUGAGAAAGAUUUUGGAGGCGGGUUUGAGCCCGGAUACAUAUACGUAUACCUCCCUGAUAUUGGGUCACUGUCGGAAGAAGGAUGUGAAUGGCGCCUAUAAGAUCUUUGUGCAAAUGCCCCAAAAGGGUUGUGCAAGAAAUGAGGUUUCAUACACGAUCCUUAUACAUGGUCUUUGUGAAGCUGGGCGGGUGGAUGAGGCUCUGAAGUUAUUUUCUCAGAUGGAGCAAGAUAAUUGCAGUGCUUCUGUUCGAACAUAUACAGUUCUUAUAUGUGGUUUAUGUGAUUUGGGUAGAAUAUCAGAAGCAAUGGAUUUGUUUACGGAAAUGCCUGAGAGAGGUUGUGAGCCUAAUCUUCAUACCUAUACUGUCCUCAUUGAUAGUUUCUGUAAGAACAAUAAGAUCAGUGACGCCCGGAAAUUGUUGGAUGAAUUGUCGGAUAAGGGGCUAGUUCCAAGUGUUGUCACUUAUAAUGCUUUAAUUAACGGGUAUUGUAAGGAUGGACAAAUAGAUGCUGCAUAUGAUAUUUUAGGUUUGAUGGAGUCAAAAAAAUGUAGUCCAGAUACUCGUACAUACAAUGAAUUGAUAGACUACUUUUGUAAGAAUAAGGAUGUGCACCAGGCUAUGGCAUUGUUUAAUAAGAUGGCUGAGCGCAACCUCCGUCCAUCCAUUAUCACGUACAAUUCUUUAAUUCAUGGUCAAUGUAGAGUAGGGGAGCUGGAUAAUGCUCAUAGGCUACUUAAAAUGAUGGAAGAAAGUGGUUUAGCCCCUGAUGUGUGGAGUUAUAGCUUUAUUAUGGAUACUCUUUGUAAGAGGUUGAGGAUUAAAGAAGCUUUUGCUUUAUUGGAUUCAUUGCAUGAGAAAGGUAUCAAAGCAAAUGAAGUGAUAUAUACAUCGUUAAUUGAUGGCUGUUGUGCAUCUGGACAACUUGAGGAUGCCCGUAAACUGCUUGAUAGGAUGCUUUUGGAGGAUUGCAAGCCAAAUUCGUUUACUUACAAUGCUUUGAUAGAUGGAUUAUGCAAAGAGAAGAGAACACAAGAAGCAUUGGUGAUGGUUCAAAAUAUGCUGAAUCUGGACUUGAAGCCGACGGUGUAUACUUAUACAAUUCUGAUUAAGCAGAUGCUUGAUGAAGGAGACUUUGACCAUGCUGAUAAGCUUUUAGACCAGAUGGUUUCCUUGGGAUAUCAGCCUGAUCUCUUUACUUACACAUUGUUUAUUUAUGCAUAUUGCUCUCAAUGCAGAAUAUAUGAAGCAGAAAAUUUGAUCUCUAAGAUGAGAAGAGAGAAGAUUGAGCUCGACUCAGUCCCUUACACAUAUUUAAUUGAUGCAUAUGGGCGGUUGGGAUUACUUCAUCUAUCUUUUGAUGUUCUCAAACGCAUGCUUGAUUCUGAUUGUGUGCCUUCUCACCAUACAUAUGGGCUGUUGUUUCAGCAUUUUCUAGAUGGAAAUUUUGUGAAAGGGGAAAACCUUGCGGUCGGAAGUGAUAGCUUGACAUCAAAUAUCUCACCAGUUGAUAAAGCAGAUGUGUGGAGGAUUGUGGAUUUUGGAACUGUUUUGAAGUUUUUCGACAAAAUGCUUGAACAUGGUUGUGCUCCUAAUGUCAACACUUAUGCAAAGAUCAUUAUAGGACUUUGCAAAGUGGGUCGCCUUGAAAUAGCAGUUAGGAUAGUCAAACAUAUGAGAGAUAGAGGCAUGAAUCCUGAUGAAAAAACCUACAAUGCUCUUGUUUGCUGUUGUUGUGAGAAGGGAGAAUACAGAGAAGCAAAGAAGAUGACAGAGGCUAUGAUCAAGCAUGGUCAUUUACCCCGUCUGGAGUCUUCUAAGCUGCUUAUAUGUGGCCUAUAUGAUCAGGAGGAUGAGGAAGAGGCUGAACAUUUUUUUCAUAGUCUCUUAGUUUGUGGGUACAAUCAUGAUGAACUAGCCUGGAAGCUUCUAGUUGAUGGUCUACUUAAGAAGGGUUUUGUAAAGAGAUGCUCAGAUUUGCUGCAGGUCAUGGAGAGGAAAGGCUGCCAACUGCACCCUCAAACAUAUACAUUGUUGAUUGAGGGACUCGAUGGCAUGUAAAUUGAAAUAAAAUAUCAUUUGACUGGAGGCUACUGGCAUUGCUAUCACCGGAAACAAUGUGGUUUCCUUGCUCAUCUAUCAUUUUAAAGAACUAGAAAAAAUGACUGCAUAUCAUGGAUAACCCUGAACACAUGUUGAUAUGCAGCUGGAAGGAGUACUAUUGCUUAUGGGGUAAAAAGAAUAUUUGCAAACUGUUGCACAAUCACUGCCCUCUGCAACAGGAUAACUCUUGGAAGGAUGAUUGACAAAUAGACGUACGUUGGAGUCAGUCAAUAUGGAAGCCAAUUUUUGGGUAGCACAUCCAAUAGUUUAUGGGCAAUGCUUGAUUUUUUAAGCAUCACUCAUUCUCAAGAAUCAGAGUUUUAUAGGCAGGUGUGGAAGAAUCAAAUGAACCUGAUUCAUCUAAUUAAAAGGAUGACCUCUGGAAAAUCUACUGUACCAAUGAGGUUAUGUCCUGUUGGUUCUAGCUCCUUAACGCUUUGUUUGCUGACUCAAUCUGUGGUGGUUAUGUUCUCGCGACGACAGCUCUCUUCUUCUUCGUCCCUCUCCUUGCAACUCGCACCACUCCAUCAUGAUUUGAAUCCGAGCACCACUCCAUCAAGGCCGAAGUUUGUCGCGACGAGCAAGCGAAUCCAAGAUCUGGAUCUUCUACUCUCUUGACGAGCGAGUGAAUCCAAGAUCCAAGCGAGGAUCAAGGUGCACGAGCUGAGGCAAAAGUCGAAGACUGACCUUCUGACCCAGCUGAAGGAACUCAAGGCCGAGCUUGCCCUCCUCCGCGUCGCCAAGGUCACCGGUGGCGCCCCGAACAAGCUCUCCAAGAUAGAAUGAGGCGCCGUCGACACCAUCUGAUUAUUUCCACUGGAUGUACCUCCAGAAAUUAUCUGAAUAAAGCUGCAGGGCAGCAAGGGAAAACACUCGCAUAUAGUUAGAUCUAGUGAUUUGUCAUGAAAGUUGAAGUGUCUUAUUUUACUUAGCAGGUCUUUUCUGAGGUAAUUUGAUAGAUGGAUAAUCUAUUGGGCGACUGUUUUACCCAGGAGCAGUGUUCGCUAGAAGCACUAAAACUUCUUCUGGAAAUUUCUUUGCAGUGUUUCUCUGAUAAAUCUUGAUUUUUUUUUUAGAAACUAGUAGGGUGUUCAAGCUUUUGAUGAUUGAUAACUUGUUUGAAUUUAAACAUCAAAUAGGGUCUGGUCAUAUCAAUUGCGGAUAAGUUUUAAUAGGAGGUAAAUCUGUCAAAAUCACAACCCACUAUAUCAAUUCAGAUUUAUCGUAAUAGAUUAUCUAUGGACCACCUCAAACUUGAAAUAUGGUAGCAACUCGAGAGCUGCUUGAGAUGGCAAGAUAGGCCUUAAGGUG